CCUAUAUAUAUAGUUGUGCACCCAACUCAAUUCUUCAUUUCUAGCUGACAAGGACCACAGUCUCUCUGUCUCUCUCUCUGAUCCCAUAAACUCCGAGAAAGACAGAUUUCCAUUUGAAAAUAUCCAUGGCUCCAGCAGCAGCAGACUCAAUUAAGCCUAGAGAUGUAUGCAUUGUUGGUGUUGCACGUACGCCAAUGGGUGGACUUCUUGGUUCUCUUUCAUCUUUUUCUGCCACUAAGCUUGGUUCUAUUGCCAUUGAAGCUGCUCUUAAAAGAGCAAAUGUUGAUCCAUCACUUGUACAAGAAGUUAUCUUUGGCAAUGUUCUCAGUGCAAAUUUAGGGCAGGCUCCGGCCAGACAAGCUGCAUUGGGUGCAGGAAUACCUAAUUCAGUGGUCUGUACCACUGUUAACAAAGUUUGUGCAUCAGGGAUGAAGGCAACAAUGCUUGCAGCACAAAGUAUCCAGUUGGGCAUCAAUGAUGUUGUUGUGGCUGGUGGCAUGGAAAGCAUGUCCAAUGCACCUAAAUACAUUGCAGAAGCAAGGAAGGGAUCUCGCUUUGGACAUGAUACUCUUUUUGAUGGAAUGCUGAAAGAUGGUUUAUGGGAUGUCUAUAAUGAUUGUGCCAUGGGAUCAUGUGCUGAAUUAUGCGCAGAUAAACAUGAAAUAACGAGGGAGGAGCAGGAUAACUUUGCUGUUCAGAGCUUUGAGCGUGGUAUUGCUGCCAAAGAUUCUGGUGCCUUUGCAUGGGAAAUUGUUCCGGUUGAAGUUUCUGGAGGAAGGGGAAAACCAUCAACAAUUGUUGACAAGGAUGAAGGCCUAGGAAAGUUUGAUGCCGCCAAAUUAAGGAAGCUCCGACCUAGUUUCAAGGACAAUGGAGGUUCUGUCACUGCUGGCAAUGCGUCCAGUAUAAGUGAUGGAGCUGCCGCUUUAAUUUUAGUGAGUGGAGAGACAGCACUGAAGCUUGGGCUGCAAGUGAUUGCAAAGAUCACUGGGUAUGCUGAUGCUGCUCAGGCGCCAGAAUUCUUUACAACAGCUCCAGCUCUGGCAAUUCCAAAAGCUAUUUCAAAAGCUGGGUUGGAGGCCUCUGAAAUUGAUUUCUAUGAAAUAAACGAAGCCUUUGCUGUUGUGGCUCUUGCAAACCAAAAACUGCUUGGACUUAAUCCCGAAAAAGUUAAUGUGCAUGGUGGAGCGGUAGGCUUGGGACAUCCUCUAGGUUGUAGUGGAGCUCGUAUCUUGGUCACAUUGUUGGGGGUACUGAGGCAGAAAAAUGGGAAAUACGGUGUUGGUGGUGUUUGCAACGGAGGAGGUGGUGCAUCUGCCCUUGUUUUAGAGCUUGUGUAAGCCUUUUUCCAUGUUAGGCUGGAUAUGAAGAAGGUUGGGAGAUGAGAAUCUGUUGGCAUCAAAGUCCGAUGUUUGUUUUGCAAUUUCAUCAUCAUUUUCUCCUCCAUUUUUUGGCUUUCUCUAGAAUAAACUAUAAUUGUAUUUAUCUUCUGAAAGAAAUAUAGUUGGUUUCUAAUA